GUGGUGUCAAGGCGUCCGGGGGUUGCACAUUGUCCGCAAUGAGCUGGGGAAGCGCCCGCCUGGCAGCGAGAGGGAGGAAUGUUGGCGCAGGCCAAGGCACUGGCCAUCCUGGAGGUGAAGGACGGGGUCAUCGCGCGCCUGGAGGACGAGCUCCACAAGGCGGAGGCGGAGGCGCUGCACUUCGAGGCCUCGGCGGAGCAGGCGGAGCAAAGGGCCGCCCUGGCCACGCAGACCCAGAUCGAGGCCACCGCCGGGGAGCUCGCAGCCCUCAAGGAGGACUCCUCGCGUUUAGACUCCGACUGCCAAGCGCUCUCCGAGCUGGCCGCGCAGGCAGAGAGGCGUGCGCUGCAGGCAGAGAAGGAGGUGGCGGAGCUGCGUGUUGAAAGCCGUGAGGCGGAAGGCAAGGUGGAGCGCCUGAGCGGCGAAAUCCACCGAGUGUCACAGGAGCUGGACUUCAAGGCCCCUUCCAAGGAGGUGCAAGAGCUGGAGGAAGCCCUGCUGCGUACCCAGCAGGAGUUGCUGCAGGCUGAGCGUCAGCUCUUUUCGGAGCAUGCCAGUGGCAGUGCGCCCGGCCGAGACGACCAUUCCUGCGAAGGAUGGAUGGAGGAGCUUGAGGAACAAGAACGUGCCAUGAUGGCUUUAUCCUCAAGAG